AUGCCUAGACGUAAACCAGCUUCUGCAAAACACAAGAAACAGAAAUUACAAGAUAAAAGAGCGUUAAAAAGGGGUGAAGUAACAGAAGAAGAACAUGCCAAAAAAUUAUCAAGUUUAAAUAAACAUUAUGGUAGAAUUAGAAUCAAUACAUCUAAAUCAGGUGGACCAGCAAAUGAAGAUUCAGUGAAAUUGCAAUCUAAAUUUGUAGGAUUAUCAUCAGAUUAUUUGAGUCGCACGAGAGAUUUAGCCUAUACUAUUAAAUUACAAAGACCUCUUUCUGAUGAAAGCGCUUCUUUCCCCUUGGAGUUGUUGAUGAAUAGGGAUGAAGAAUGUAGAUUGUCUUGUCCAUCAAGACCGAAAUUCAAAUAUGGUCAAACUAAAAAAGAAGUGGAAAGGAAUGAAGAAGGUUUAUUCAAAAAAUGGUUGAAGACCACUGAAGAUAUAAUACAAUCUUGGAUAGAUGAUGAGCAGCAAUCAAAAGGGGAUGAAUCGGACAAGUCGUCGGAGCAAGAUCAAAUAGAUGAAAUUCCGAGAGGUCCAACUUGGUUUGAAACGAAUUUAGAAGUAUGGAGGCAAUUAUGGAGAGUAACGGAAGCUUCUUCAAUAUUACUACUACUAUUAGAUUCUAGAUGUCCAUUGUUACAUUGUCCUCCGUCAUUACGCUCGUACCUCAAAGAUCUUAAGCCCCAAAAGGAGAUCAUACUUGUUCUGACAAAAUCAGAUUUGGUAGAUCCUGUCGCGCUGGAAGGAUGGAAAUCAUGGGUGAGAAGUUGGUGGGGAGACGAAGGUGUUCAAGUCGUCAGUGUAAGGUCAUACGACGUAGAACUCUUAGCAGACGGUAAAGGGAGACAUCGACCUGAUAUACCUCAGGACUCACUAGAAGAACUCAUCGUAGCACUGAAAACAGCUCAUGAACGAUUACUACAACCUCCGACAUGGGUCAAAGAGGAAUCGACCAGAUUGAAAGAAUGGAAACCAUCCGUACGAACAGCAGUGGACUGGUCUGCCCUUGCCCAUGAAGACUAUCAGAACGUCCCUUCUCACGAGCUACCGUCUGAGCCCACUCCUGGGCCGGAACCACCUACUAUAGAGAAGGAAGAGGAAUCAUCGGAAAUACAAAUACCUUCAGUGGCCGAGGAUGAUCAAAAUCAAUCCUAUGCACGAGAUCCCACCAAGGAACCUUUGACAAUAGGAUUGAUAGGUCAACCAAAUGUCGGAAAAUCUUCUCUGCUAAAUGCACUUUUGGGCGAGCAGAAAGUGCGAGCGAGUCGAACUCCAGGUAAAACAAAACACUUUCAGACGAUGUUUUGGGGAACUAAAAAGGAGAUACGAAUUGUCGAUUGUCCGGGAUUAGUCUGUCCUUCUUUAGUAGGAUUGGAAAUCCAAGCGCUAGCAGCUACCAUUCCUAUCUCACAAAUAGCAUCAUUACCUUCAUGUAUCACUUUCUGCGCGAGACAUCUACCAUUAGAAACGAUACUCAAAAUACCAUAUUCAAUAGCUGAUGGAGAUAUCGAUCCCUACGCUGGGAAAAGGACGUUCAGAGAUCCCAAAUUAGCUGAAGAGGACAGGAUCAAAAGAGAAGAAAAUGAGAAGAAGGACAAAUGGACCAGUGGGAAAAUAAUGGAAGGUAGAGCCAUUGAUAGGGGGUAUCUAACCGCUAAAAGUGGUAGACCAGAUAUCAACAGAGCCGCCAAUGGAAUCAUGCGUCUUCUGGCUGAUGGAAAAAUCAGAUGGGGAUUCUAUCCUCCAGGGAUGAAAGGAAAAGAAGGUAGAGGGAUAUGGCUAGACUCAGAUAACGAUCAAGCGACAUCUAUCGACAGUGAAGAUGAACAGGAACUUGGGAAAGAUCAUGCUCCAAUCGGAGCUUCUGCCAGUGAAGGUGAAUCUACCGAUGGUGAUACCUUUGACGAAGAAGAUGAUACAGAAGAAGAGGAGGCAGGAGAUAGUGAGGAAGAACCAGUGGUGCAGGCCAAGGGAAUAAAGAAAGGUGGAGGUUUCUUCGAUGCCCUCGGAGAUGAUGAUGAUAAAGAAGAUGAUGACGAGGAAGAGGAGGAUGCAGGAGAAGAGUGA